CACAGGAGCCGGCGAGGCGGAGACAAAGAUAUCUGGCAACAAGGAAAAGAAGGAGAACAUUUUCAAGGAAAUAACAAGAGAAGGAGUGACAUAGGGCCAGCCAUGAACCUGAGUUUGACCUUUGCCUUGUUUCUUCUCCUGAGUCUUGACUCUUGUACAACUAUGGGAGACAGAGCUCAGUGCAGACAGAGACAAGCUGAGGAAAGCCUGAGACCAUAUGUUGGCAGAGUAGAGCCAGAAGAGCUUUGUGAGCUGCUGAAAUGCCACAGUCCAGCGGGGUCUUGGUGCCAGGUAGUUCAGGACAAUGGAGUCCUCGUCCCCAAGUGUGUCUGUCCCCAGUCCUGUCCACGGCAGAGGGCACCAGUGUGCAGUGUUCUGGGAAAGACCUACCGAAACCAGUGUUUGCUGCAUAAAGAAGCCUGCAGAAAGAGACGCCGCACUGGACUGGCUCACGCGGGACCCUGUCUGGUCCCAAAGGCCAACUGCACUGAGGAGGAGUUAAGCCAGUUUCCAUAUCGCCUCCUGGACUGGUUUCUGCUCCUGAGUCGAAUGGGAAAGUCCUACACACCUGUGGCCCCGCCCCAGAACUGCCUCAGCCACGCCCAGAGGACACAACUAGCACAGGUCAUGUGACCGCAACAGGAACAGGAAGGUGACCCUGCUGGAGUGGACGACGUGUCUGGUGGACCGCUCCGAGGCCUGGUUCUACCGAUUCAUGUCAAUGAGAAUGGGCUCCCGCAAGCUGUGUCCUUCACUAAAAGAGAACUAUCUUUGACAUGAAAAGCAGCCAUGAACUCCUUCCCGCAUGUCUUUUGAACAGUAAAGAACUCUCUGAAGACAACAUUGCCACGGUCACCGUUUAAAAGCCACUGGAUGGUAGCUCUAGUCUACACACACGGCUCUCGCAGCUGUUUCACGCCGGUGUAACAUGGUGACUUAUAACACCAUCAAGUUUGAAUGUCGGCCGCUUGUCUGUGCAUUCAUGUGUGUAAAUAAAUGUCUGGACAAACUGA